CCCCGCCCCGCCCCGCGCAGCGCUGCAGCGCCGCGGGGCCCCACCAAACCAUGGCUCUCUGGAUUCCCUCCAAAAAGCAUAAAUACGGGGUUGCGAUCUACAAUUACAAUGCUUCCCAGGACUCAGAACUGUCCUUGCUGAUCGGAGACACGGUUCACAUUCUGGAGAUGCAUGAAGACUGGCUCCGAGGCUACACCCUGCGAAAUAAAGCGAAAAAGGGGAUUUUUCCAGGAUCGUACAUCCAUUUGAAGGAGUCACCUGUGGAAGAUCGAGGGCAUCAUGAGACGGUGAUUCCGAGCGAAGUUCCCCUGGUGCAGGAGCUGACGUCCACACUGAGGGAAUGGGCUGUCAUCUGGCACAAGCUGUACGUGGACAACAAGGUAAUAAUGUUUCGCCAGCUGCAGCAGAUGAUAUACAGCCUGAUCGAGUGGAGGUCCCAGAUCCUGUCUGGCACUCUGCCCAAAGAUGAGCUAGCAGAGCUCAAGAAGAAGGUCACAGCCAAAAUCGACCAUGGAAACAGGAUGCUCGGCCUUGACCUGGUGGUGAGAGAUCAGGAUGGGAACAUCUUGGAUCCUGAAAAAACGAGCACAGUUGCCCUCUUCAGGUGCCACGAGAUGGCAUCGAAAAGGAUCGAGGAGAGAAUCCAAGAGGAGAAGUCGAUCCUACAGAACCCAGACCUGAGGGGCCAGGCGAUCUUCAACACAAUGCACACCUACGGCCUGUAUGUGAACUUCAAGAACUUCGUCUGCAACAUUGGAGAGGAUGCUGAGCUCCUCCUGGCUCUCUACGAUCCAGACCAGUCCCGGUUUAUCAGUGAGAACUACCUGAUCCGCUGGGGCAGUAACGGGAUGCCCAAGGAGAUAGAAAAACUCAACAACCUGCAAGCAGUGUUUACGGACCUCAGCAGCACAGACCUGCUACGGGCCAAGGUCAGCCUGGUGUGCCAGAUUGUCCGUGUGGGCCACAUGGAGCUGAAGGAGGGGAAGAAGCACACGUGCGGCCUCCGGAGACCCUUUGGGGUGGCAGUGAUGGAUGUUACUGACAUUGUUCAUGGGAAGGUGGAUGACGAAGAAAAGCAAUAUUUCAUUCCCUUUCACCAGAUUGCUAUGGAAACCUAUAUCCGGCAGAGGCAGCUGAUCAUGUCUCCCCUGAUAACCUCCCACGUGAUUGGGGAGAAUGAGCCGCUCACUUCGGUUCUUAACAAAGUGAUUGCAACGAAGGAAGUGAAUCACAAAGGACAAGGCCUUUGGAUAUCCCUGAAACUGCUCCCAGGCGACCUGGCUCAGGUUCAGAAGGAUUUCUCUCACCUUGUCGACCGAACGACAGCCGUGGCCCGCAAAAUGGGGUUUCCUGAAAUCACCUUCCCAGGAGAUGUCCGAAACGACAUUUAUGUCACUCUGGUCCACGGCGAAUUUGACAAAGGGAAGAAGAAGACGCCCAAGAAUGUGGAAGUCACCAUGUCGGUAGUCAAUGAGGAGGGCACUGUUUUAGAGAAAGCGAUUCAUCCUGGGGCUGGCUAUGAAGGCAUUCCAGAGUACAAGUCGGUCGUCUAUUACCAAGUCAAGCAGCCUUGUUGGCAUGAAACAGUGAAGGUGUCCAUCGCAAUAGAAGAGGUCUCUCGCUGUCACCUGCGGUUCACGUUCCGUCACCGCUCAUCCCAGGAAUCCAGAGACAAGUCUGAAAAAGCCUUUGGAAUUUCCUUCGUGAAACUGAUGAACCCUGAUGGGACAACCCUGCAGGAUGGAAGGCACAACCUCGUGGUAUACAAGGGUGAGAAUAAGAAAAUGGAAGAUGCCAGGUUCUACCUGACUCUGCCCGACACGAAAGUGGAGAUGGAAGACAAGGACGCACACCCAGCUAAAACCUUGGCCAACUUCACCCCAUCGAAGGAUAGCACCAAGGACAGCUUCCAGAUCGCCACGCUCAUCUGUUCCACCAAGUUGACCCAGAAUGUUGACCUCUUGGGUUUGUUAAAUUGGCGUUCCAAUUCCCAGAAUAUCGAGCACAAUUUAAAGAAGUUAAUGGAGGUGGAUGGUGGAGAAAUUGUGAAGUUUCUCCAAGAUACACUUGAUGCACUUUUUAACAUAAUGAUGGAAAUGUCAGAUAAUGAAACAUAUGACUUCCUUGUGUUUGAUGCACUGGUAUUUAUUAUUUCGCUGAUCGGAGACAUCAAGUUCCAGCAUUUCAAUACCGUACUUGAAACCUACAUCUACAAGCACUUCAGCGCAACCUUGGCUUUUAAGAAACUCACCAAAGUAUUAAACUAUUAUGUGGGCAAUGCCGAAGACUCCACCAGGACGGAGUUGCUCUUUGCGGCUCUGAAAGCCCUGAAGUACCUCUUCAGAUUUGUCGUUCAAUCCCGAGUUCUCUACCUGAGGUUUUAUGGACAAAGUGAGGAUGGGGACGAAUUUAACAAUGCAAUCCGCCAGCUGUUUCUCUCCUUUAAUGUCCUGAUGGAUAGGCCCCUGGAGGAGGCUGUGAAGAUCAAGGGGGCAGCUUUGAAGUACCUGCCGGGCAUCAUCAAUGACGUCAAAAUGGUAUUCGACCCUGUUGAGCUCAGCGUGCUCUUCAGCAAAUUCAUUCAGAGCAUUCCAGAAAACCAGUUGGUCCGUCAGAAACUCAACUGCAUGACCAAGAUUGUGGACAGCAAGCUGUUUGAGCAGUCUGAAUGCAGAGACGCCCUCCUGCCUCUGUUGAUAGACCAACUCAGCGGCCAGCUGGAUGAUAACUCCAACAAGCCGGACCAUGAGGCAAGCGCUCAGCUUCUUAGCAACAUCCUGGAGGUCCUGUACAGGAAGGAUGUGGGCUCUAAAAACACGCACAUCCAGAUGAUAAUGGAGCGGCUGCUGAGAAGGAUCAACCGAACUGUGAUUGGCAUGAGCAGGCAGUCCCCCCACAUUGGUAGUUUUGUAGCCUGCAUGACUGCCAUCCUGAGGCAGAUGGACGAUUUCCACUACAAACACUACAUCAACACCUUCAAAACCAGGCAGGACCUCGUCGACUUCCUGAUGGAAACUUUUAUCAUGUUUAAGGACUUGAUUGGAAAGAAUGUCUAUUCCAGUGACUGGAUGGUCAUGAAUAUGAUGCAGAGCAGGGUUUUUCUCCAAGCUAUCAAUCAGUUUGCAGAAGUUUUGACACGGCUCUUCAUGGAUCAGUCAAGCUUUGAACUCCAGCUCUGGAACAAUUACUUCCAUCUGGCAGUAGCAUUUCUCACCCAUGACUCCCUUCAACUUGAAACCUUCUCGGAAGCCAAGCGCAACAAAAUUUUCAAGAAAUACGGGGACAUGAGAAAGGAAAUCGGCUUCAGGAUCCGGGAUAUGUGGUAUAACCUGGGUCCCCACAAAUUCAAGUUCAUCCCAUCCAUGGUGGGUCCCAUCCUCGAGGUGACUCUGACCCCCGAGACCGAGCUCCGCAAGGCCACAAUUCCCAUCUUCUUUGACAUGAUGCAGUGUGAGUUCAAUUUCAGUGAGAACCACAGUUUCCACAUGGGGAAACAGAUCUGGAAACGUUGGUUGAGGGCCGACCAACGGGGGCUCCCAUCAGACUGUGGCCUGUCCUUUCAGUUUGAGAAUGAGCUGAUCACCAAGCUGGACCAGGAGGUGGAAGGGGGCCGAGGAGACGAGCAGUACAAAGUCCUGCUGGAGAAACUCCUCUUGGAGCACUGCCGGAAGCACAAGUAUCUCGCCAGCUCAGGGGAAACGUUUGCUCUGUUGGUGAGCAGCCUCCUGGAAAAUCUCCUGGAUUACCGGACCAUCAUCAUGCAUGAUGAGAGCAAGGAGAACCGCAUGAGCUGCACAGUCAAUGUGUUGAAUUUUUAUAAAGAAAAGAAGAGAGAAGACAUAUAUAUACGGUAUUUAUACAAACUACGGGAUCUACAUCGAGACUGCGAGAAUUACACGGAAGCCGCCUACACGCUCCUCCUUCAUGCGGAGCUGCUCCAGUGGUCUGAUAAACCCUGCAUGCCCCACCUGCUUCAGCGGGACAGCUACUUGGUCUACUCUCAGCAAGAGCUCAAAGAGAGGCUUUACCAGGAAAUCAUCUCCUACUUCGACAAGGGCAAAAUGUGGGAGAAAGCCAUCCACCUGAGCAAGGAGCUGGCCGAGACCUACGAGAGCCAGGUCUUCGACUAUGAGGCACUUGGCAACCUUCUGAAAAAGCGGGCUUCAUUUUACGAGAACAUCAUUAAGGCCAUGAGGCCCCAGCCAGAAUACUUUGCUGUUGGAUACUACGGGCAGGGUUUCCCCUCUUUCCUCCGGAAUAAGAUCUUCAUCUACCGCGGGAAGGAGUAUGAGCGGAGGGAGGACUUCAACCUGAAGUUGCUGACCCAGUUUCCCAACGCCGAGAAGAUGACCAGCACCUCUCCGCCGGGAGAUGACAUCAAGUCCUCCCCAAAGCAGUACAUGCAGUGUUUCACCGUGAAGCCAGUGAUGAACCUGCCUGCUAGAUUCAAAGACAAGCCAGUUCCUGAACAGAUCUUGAACUACUACCGAGCCAAUGAGGUGAACCAAUUCAGUCACUCACGACCUUUCCGAAAGGGAGAAAAGGAUCCUGAUAAUGAAUUUGCUACCAUGUGGAUCGAGAGAACCACCUACACCACGGCCUAUACCUUUCCUGGGAUUCUCAAGUGGUUUGAAGUCAAAUCAGUUUUAACAGACGAAGUCAGCCCGCUGCAGAAUGCCAUCGAGACCAUGGAGCUGACCAAUGAGAAGAUCAGCAACUGCGUCCAGCAGCACAGCUGGGACCGCACGCUCUCCUUGCACCCGCUGUCAAUGCUGCUGAACGGUAUCGUGGACCCCGCGGUCAUGGGCGGCUAUUCCAACUACGAGAAGGCCUUUUUUACUGAUAAAUACAUCCAAGACCAUCCUGAGGACCAAGAAAAGGUUGAGUUGCUGAAGCAUUUAAUUGCUCUACAGAUGCCACUGCUGGCGGAAGGGAUUCGGAUCCACGGGGAGAAGCUGAAUGAGCAACUGAAGCCUCUGCAUGACCGAUUGACCUCAUGUUUCCAGGAGCUCAAGGAUAAAGUGGAAAAACUCUAUGGAGUCGUGACCCUGCCUCCCAGCCUGACGAUAGAAAAGAAACAGAGCCGGGUAGGGUCGGCGGUGCUACCCUACAUCAUGUCAUCCACCCUGCGAAGACUCUCUGUCGCCUCCCUGACUCCCUCUUUGGCCUCCACGUCUUCCACCUCUUCUGAGAGCGCCCCCUCCAGGCCGGGAUCUGAUGGGUCCAUUCUGGAACCUCUCCUGGAGCGCAGGGCGUCGUCAGGGUCUGGGACCGAAGACGCGGCCCUCAGAGAUGACAGCGAUGGCUGCAUCAGCAGGCACAAGCGAAAAGAUUGGAGCAUCAGCAAGUCCCAGGUCAUCAUCAACAGGGAGUCCCAGGUGGAAGCACUGAGCCCAGCCGCGAAAGCCCAGAGGCCGAAGAGUCUCCAGCUGAUGGACAGCCGCCUGACCCUGUUUCAGCCGACGCCCCUGAUCCCACCUCCGCUCACCCCCAAGACUCCCCGGACCCAAAGUUCCCCAUCUUUAUGGACUGAUGGAUUGAUGACUGUCAAUAUUAAGAGCACCCCACCCCCGCCUCCACCCAAAAGCAAGCCCUAUGAAAGCAGUAGCCAGAGGAGUUCCUCGGAGAUUCCACCUCCUCGCCCCAGCCGCCCAGAAGCCAAAGUUGCCCCUCCACCGCCUCCGAAGACCCGGAAAUCCAGUGUCCUCUCCCCUGAGGUGGGGCUGCAAGAGGUGCCUAACCGUCAGGCUUCUCCAGAACCUUAGCGGCAGUGGCUCCUCAGUCAUAUGGACUCUCCAGGGGCUGCCAUCAUUGUGCCUGGUUUCUGUAUCCCCCACACUGCUAGCCUUCAAAUGGGAUCUCUGAAGACAUCCAAUGGCCAGUCACAGGCCUUGCCUGAUUCUCUGGGAAGCUUCCCUAAGCUCCCGACUCUGCUUGAACACGUGAGGCCACCUCUGACCCCCGUGACAUCACCCCUAAUUCUAUAUCCAUGCCACUCCCCACCCUUUGGUGAACUCAUAACAUCUACCCCUAAAAGAGCUGCACUGCCCUCAUCAGUGUAUCAGCCUGCAUCAGUAACCAUGGGAGGAGCUCUGUCUCUGCGUCUCCCAUCCCAUCAAGCAGUCCACCAUUCAACCAGCCAAUCUCCUGAUCAACACGUGCAUCCUGCCUGGAUCCUGAAUGUUGAACUGGAAUUCUACCUGCCUCUCUGUAAUCCUCCAGUGGUGGCCAGUCACAAACCCAAGUCUGGACCUUUUCUCUCUCUCCAGGCUGCUCUGGCAGAUAAUUUUCCUCUCAGGUGCCUUGGUUUUGACCUGGACCUGCGCUCUGCUUGGGGCACCCCUGCUCCUUGUCCUGCCUCUCCUCUGGGACUUUGCGGCAGCCACCAUCUGAGCGACAGACAAAACUGGGGGUUUUCCAAGCCCCUCCUAUCCCACUCGCUGCAGACCACCCGGGCAGUGGCGGGCUUUGGUGAACAGAGGCAGCCCCUAGCUGGCUGCUGCUGUGAAUUGGUGGAUUGGGGGCCAAAAGGAAGGCAUAUUUGAGGUUGCAGUAUCACAGUGCUUCUACCCGUAGUUUUCAGUCUGGGAUUGCUAAAUUGAGAUAUAACAGCGCUCAGGACCUGGUUCAUGGUUCCAGCUGUGGUUAUACCAGCGGGGCAGAUUUUGGUCAGCUGGAAAAGUCCAGCUGCCUUUGGGGGUCACUGUAGACAUCACCUGUAGUGUUUCUGUCUGUAAAGAAGCCCUCAUACUCAUGGCGAGGGUGCUUGCAGGUAUCAGUGAAUAGAAAGUGUUGACCCCCAUGACCUCCCAACCAACCAUCACACUGACUUCUCUGCCGGUCCCGGAGACUGGACUGGUCCGUUGGAUCAUGGGCCCUUUUCUGCUGGAGCCGCUGAGCAUUCCAGGUUGUGCUUCCAUUUCUCCUCUUUGCUCUUCCAUGAUUUGCUCCUUGGCCCGGCCCCCAGUCCUGACCCACAACUCGGCCGUUCUGGCCCCAGUCUGGUUUUCAGCUGCAGGUAUGAGCGCUGCCCUUGGGACGGGCCCUGGGGUGGUGUGGGGUGGUGCCACAGUCUGGCCCUGCUGGUGUGCCAUCUCUGUUUGGCCCCGUUGUCAUAAGCAUUAACGAAGUUUUCCUUUCCAGAGGAAUUGUGGCAGGGUUUGGGAUGUCUGGGGUCAGAGACGUUCCCCAAAGGGCCGGGCAUGACAGCGUGGGGUUACAGGCGUCCUGCCGUCUUUCUGAGGCAGGUGGCUCUCAUUGGCCAAGGGCAUCCGUCUGACUCGUCUCAGAGAGGUGACCAUUGAAAAUGGAGUAAAUCAGCUUCUACUUUUCUCUGACCACCUACAUCACUGGCUGGAGUCCUCAUGGUUCAAACAAACCGAAGGUAGGAAAGUUCUGCAGGUAGGGAAGGGGAAGAGCAUUACAUUGUGUGGUGUGACAGUAAGUUCAUUAGAGGUUGGUUUCUCCCCGCAAAGUUGCUGCGGUUGCCUAGCCAGCCUCAUUGUGGUGCAGUCUAGGCAAGGGGCUGCUGAAGGGCCCUGGCCAGUGAGUGGGGGAAGGGGUGUGGUGUGGGGGGAGGGGUUGGGAUAGGCACUGGGGAGCCCCUCACAGAUACACCCCAGAGGUGUCAGUUUUCCACUCCAGCCCUGAAAACAAAGGGCACCAUCUUUCUGACAGCUUAACUAUCUCACAACUUGGUAAAGUUGCACUCCACCUCACCUCUCAGGAGCCCAAGCCACUGUACCAUCAUGCCUCACCUCCAAUCCACUGUGUUUUUCAAGUCACAGAACACUUCUUCCUUUAAGGAGUUUAGGGAGCUCCAGGUUUUUUUGUUGUUGUUGUUUAAAUCUUGAUGUUUGUAAUUCAGUUGGUCAUACAAGGAUAAUUCCCACUUUAGACAAAAGUAUAUACAGGCUUAAUAUGUGAAGGGGAAAACCUGUGCUUUUCCUUUCAGUUGACUAUUAGAUUAAGAAAUGACACUGAAUCCACCAAGUCUGUUUCCUAUCUUGCAAGAAUAGAACGGUUCUUUCAGUCAUGGGUGAGUUGCUCCCUGAAGCCGAUUGUUAGCAGCUUUGGCCCAACCGCAAACAGAGUGGUAUCCCAAACCGACAGUCGGGGGCUUUUCUUUCAGAAGGCAAAAAAGAAUUAUUAUUUAGAAUUGCUGUUAGUAUUUAAAUUAAAAAUGAUAAAGGUUUUUCAAAUUUUGCUUUGGCCUCGCUUUUCUGUAAUCUUUUAAUUAGGGAAAGCCAUCCUUCACAUCCCUGUUUGCUUGUUGGUUAUUCAUUGUUUGAAUUUAAUCUCAAGCCGCAUGACCUGGCUUUGCACCCCAAAGCUCUUAACCCAUCACCCCAGUCCAAGGCCUGAGGUUGCAUUCUCAUCCAUCAGGGGGUCUGACUUGGAGUGAGGAAGUGCCUCCCUGGAUGUGACUCGGUUUCCCAGCCCCUUUCACUUCCCCCCAGUAGGUCCCCUGCCCCCCCUCCUUCCUUGCAGUAAAUGCUGGGAAGUAGGAAGAGGGGAGACCCGAGCUAGAGGAAUCCUCUUCCAGAAAUUAAUUAGUCAAUUAAUGGUACUGAUUAAGUGCUUACUGUGUGCGGAAUAUUGUACAAAGUGCGUUGGAGUUGGAGGACAUAUACUCCCUGCCCCAAAGGAGUUUCCAGUCUAGAGGAGUGUUGCUCAGGAAAGCCCAGUAGACCAUAAGGCCCAACAUGAGUACAGAAGGCUUGGGGGAAACAUGGCUGGCCAAGCAUCUGCCUGUUACCAGGGGCUGUCAUUCUCUCCAGCAGCAACUCUUGGCCCCUGAGCCAUGGCAGGGCAGAGAGAGUUAGGCGAGAGCUCUCCAAACCUCUGUUUUGAGGGGGAUUUAUCCCACCAGCUUCACCAAUGAGGGUCUUGGGAUUUUUGCUUUUCUCGAUGUCACCUUUUCAUGAGAAGAUUGUGCCUUUGCCAGCAAUGGCAGUUGUAGGUCCCUGGGUUAGAAAGUGUGAGCUUCUGUAAAGCCAGGAGAACUCUGAAGAGAUUCUAGAGUUGGAGAAAGAUAAGAGAACAGAGCUAUAUAGAGAAGAAGGGGUGGAGUAUCUCUUGCUUGGUGAUCUGACCACUUUGAAGAAUGAAGAAUCAAAUAUUUUAAAUGGGUUGCUUAAUUUGAAAAUUACCAGAACCCCAGGAGUCCCGUGGGGUUGAACGGUAGUAGCCCAAGCCCUGAGGCCUGCCACCUAGACCUCCCCAAAGCAAAUGGCCCCCUUCCCAGCAGCUGUGGGUUUCCAAAGAGUCCAGGCAGGUUGGAACCUGGGUGUGGAAGAGAGUGGAGAGGAGAUUUCGGUGUUUUGGGUUUUUUAAGGCAUUGUAAUAAGUGUAAAAUUUGUAAAUAUUCAGUUUUUUAGAAAAUAAAUGUAGUUUCUGAGUGAACAACCAA